ACAACUUUAGAUGAGAUCAGAGCUCGGACCACCAUUUUGACUCAUCGGAUCCCUGUGAUCAUGCCACAGGGUGAUCUGGGUAUUGAAGGUCCAAUAGGAUUUCCUGGUCCAAAGGGCUACUCUGGACAGAAUGGAGAACAAGGAGACAAUGGAGAGCCAGGGAUGAAGGGGGACCCUGGAAAGCCUGGAUACAAUGGUGCCGGAAGGGAAAAGGGGAAACCUGGUCAAAUGGGAUCAUCUGGCUGUAAAGGAAGAGUUGGAAUUCAGGGAGAGGAUGGUCUUCGUGGUACUGUUGGCCGUAGAGGACUGCCUGGAUACCUGGGGGAAAAGGGGUUUUCUGGAAAACAGGGUCAUUCAGGUCUACAUGGACCUAAAGGAGAUGCAGGUGAAAAGGGACCUUCUGGCUACAGAGGAAAUGUUGGUCUUCCUGGAAUAAAAGGAAUAAAGGGAAAAGUUGGCCGUGCUGGGAUUACCGGUGACCAGGGGAUUCGAGGUGAUAAUGGUCUCCCUGGACGUCGUGGGCCUUUUGGUGCCAAAGGACAGCAGGGAGAUCCUGGACAAGAAGGUCAGAGAGGAAUACCAGGUGAAAGAGGAAAGAAAGGUGGAGCAGGAGCUCCAGGCUUUCCUGGCUCAAGAGGUCCACCUGGAGAACCUGGAAUUAUGGGCGAAAAGGGCAGUCCAGGUGAUCCAGGUGAUGUUGGUGCAAGAGGUGACACAGGGCUACAAGGAUCUAUUGGUGAUCAAGGAAAACCUGGGAACAACUAUGCAGGUGCAAGAGGCUUACAGGGUGAUCGUGGAGAAGUUGGUCUUCCAGGCUUUCCGGGGUCAAGAGGACACUUUGGAGAGAAAGGAGAGCAAGGUCCAAAAGGAACAAAGGGAGACCCAGGAGACUAUGGCCCUAAUGGACAGCUAGGAGAACGUGGUCCAACUGGAACGCCUGGAUUUCCUGGUCCACCAGGAGAGCGUGGAAAUCCCGGAAUAACGGACUGUGAAAUCAUGAGCUAUGUUGAAGAACUCUGUGGAUGUUGUGAUUGCUACAAAACCUGCCAGCCAACUGAUGUGGUAUUUGUCAUAGACAGUUCUGAAAGCGUUGGCAAAACAAAUUUCAGUCUUGCCAAAAACUUUGUGAUAAGCAUUGCCAACAGAAUAGAUAAAAUGGGCAAAAAUCGAUCAGAUCUCACAGGGUCUCAACUUGGGGUGGUACAAUACAGCCAUCAAGGAGCAAUCCAAGCAAUCAGAAUGGAUGAUCCAAGUAUUACCUCAAAAGCCUCUUUUAUUUCUAAGGUGAAAUCAAUGGAAUGGUUGGCUGGUGGAACAUGGACUCCGUCAGCUCUAAAGUACACCUAUGAGCAGCUUAUACGUCCAAACCAAAGAGCGGUGAGCAAAGUUGUUGCAUUUGUAAUCACAGAUGGACGCUAUGAUCCUAAGGACAUAGACAAGCUGGAGUCCCUUUGUAAAGGAGUUGAAGUAUAUGCCAUUGGAAUAGGAGAUUUAUUUACAAGUAGUUCUGAAAGAAAAGAAUUGGAGAAGAUAGCCUGUAAUGUCGCUAACAGGGUAAAACAUCUGAAGGCAUAUGCUGACCUGGCAUCUGAAGAGUUCUUGCAAGAAAUGGAAGCUGUGCUCUGUCCAGAACCAGUGAUAUUUUGCCCAGAUCAGAUCUGCAAACAAUCAAUGACACUUGGGCCUUUGGUAGGCCGACCUGUGGAUAUUGUUUUCUUUGUGGAUGGUUCGGAACGGAUGGGCAAGGAGAACUUUGUGCAGGUGCUGAGAUUUAUUGAGGAUGUCGCUGAAGAACUGAAGCUUGCUGUAAGUGAUAAUGAUUCCCAUGGAGCCCGAAUUGCUGUCAUCCAAUAUGGAGGUGAAAAUGAGCAAAAUGUGCUUUCGGAUUUCAGUUUUAACCUUACUAGCAUUCAGACAUUACCUUCCAAAGCUGUAUACUAUGAAUCAUCCUCCCAUAUUGGCAUGGGCAUUCUCUAUACAAUCAAAAACAUUGUACAAAGUCGACCUGGAAAGAAUAAAGGUGCAAGAAAGAACACAGAAGUCUCUUUUGUGUUUAUAACUGAUGGCAUGAACAGCAACAAGAACUUUGUCCAGGCUGUGAACUCACUUAAAGAAAAUGGAAUUGUUACAAGUGCAAUUGCUGUUGGCAAAGAUGUAAAUAUGGAGAGACUGACUCAACUGACCCUAAAAGACAAUGCAUCAUUGUUUAGGCUUCAGACAUAUGAGCAGCUAUUUACCACAACAUUUCUAAGGAACAUUGUGCAGUGGCUGGGGUAGGCUACGGUCAUAAAGAAUAGAUGGAUCCAGCUUG